AUGGUGCGGUGCGUGCUGCUGUUUGCCGUGCUCGUUGCAUUGGCCUUACCCUUGAUGUCGUCGGUCCGGGCCAUCUGUACCGCGUCGGUAUCGGCCGACCGGGUCGCGGCUUGUGCCUUCAAUCCGCUGCUGCUGCUGGUGGAACGUUCCGGCUGGGUACUGUCGAGGCAGAACUGUGGCGAAACGAUCGGCCCGGAGGCGUUCACCGUACCGCCCGUCCUGUACUACGACUACACGGAACCGGACCAUCUCUACACGGUUGUGUUUGUGGCGACGGAAAGUGGACAUCCCGAUCCGUUCGACGGCGGUGAGCCGCGGUUCUAUCUGCAGUGGCUGGUGGUGAAUGUUCCUACAUUCGUUGCAGAUGCACUAACCAUUCAGGAGCUGCGGGCCCAAAUAGCCCAACAGCGCAUUCAGCAACGGUACGGCGUAACAGUGGCGACCACUAGCGCAGCAACUACUAGUGCAGCAACUACCAGCGCAGCAACUACCAGCGCAGCAACUACUAGUGAGGCUACUACUACUACUGCUGCAUCUACGACACAAGCAUCCGACAGCUCCAACACAACGACCACUGCCGAAGCAACGACUACCACCGAGGCCCAAACGACUUCCAGCUCGGACAACUCGACGACGACGGAAGCAGCGGCUACCACUACCGCGGCUUCCGAAACCACGGCCGACGCAUCAAGCACCGGCACGACGAGUGUUGAGGCCGGACUACGAGCCCAAUACCGUGAUCAAGUACGGCAGCAAGCGAUCGAACGUGCCUUAGCCAGAGCUGCCGCGUUCGGUUAGGCGCUUUCAGCCGACCACAACACUGAAUUAAAAACGUAACAUUUAAAGCCCCCCUAAAAAUACAGAAGCUCAUAACCGAAACCGAAAGUACGUAAUCUAAUCUAAAUAAAACUCAGCAGGAAUUCUUACGGACGCUGCGGAAACGGUGCAGACGCACGGUCGUAAUCGUUCAGCGCGGACGGUGAAAAUGUGAAAUCGAAAUACCGACCGGAAAGGACACUUGCUGAACAGGGUAGCCACGGUCGAGAUUGGUUUUGCCGCAAUCUCAGAACAUACAGAAUUGGUUGCAAUCUCUCCUCUUCCACCCAGCGCCUUCUUCCACCCUCAGACCCUCCAUAUCCCGCGCAGAUGAAAAGUGCCCUCGUCCCCGGAGCGUGCUACAUUCGUACUCUGCCCCGAAAGCAAGAUGAUAGCCCGCAAUAAAACACGAUGAAGUGAAUUUUAAUGAAUAUUA